UCCAUAGCUGAAGCUCCGACCUCGACAACACCAUUGAGCACCGAGUCAAUUGUGGUAUCGACGACCAUGUCAGACACCUCUGUUCCCCCUCCCCCGAGCGCCGUCGCGCGCCCCGUCAGUGAGGCACUUCUCAACGAGAAGUGGGAUCACUGCCUGUCCAACCUCCUCGUCAAGUCCACCCUCGGUCUUGGCUUCGGCGUCGUCUUCUCAGUCCUCAUUUUCAAGCGCAGAGCGUGGCCCGCUUUCGUCGGUGUCGGUUUCGGAGCCGGACGCGCAUACGAGGAGUGCAACUCCAGCCUGAAGCAGGCCGCCAGAGAGAUCAGGAAGCAGGCAUAAGAUGCCACGACUGUCUAAUCGAUAAACGACGCGAUCCGGAUCGGAAUACAGCUGUACAAACAUACUACGUCACACGCACGUGAAAGCUCGCUAGGGAGCCAGAAGCCGGCGGGCCCUUGUGCGAUCACCCUGAGGAGCCGGUAAACUAGGUUAGGGCGGGGACGAGCGAGGGAAUAGAGUCUUUUUAUUUGUCUGUCCA